AUGAAAAUUUUAAAUACGCUUGCAAGACGCCUUUACGUAAGUUCUCUGCUGCUUAACAAAACAAAAAGACGCAAAACUCAUUUUUCUGAUGCUUUAAAUAAGGGUCCCUCGUUCGAUGAUUUCGUUAGUGGCAAAGCAUCACAGAUGCUUGUGGAUCCCUUGGAGGCCGCAAGAUUAGAUCCCGAGCAGAAAUUACCGAAGUGGCUCAAAGUCCCAAUACCUAAAGGAAAAUCUUUUCAAUCUGUGAAGAGGGAUGUGAGAGAACUCAAGCUAGCCACCGUCUGCGAAGAGGCAAAAUGCCCAAAUAUUGGAGAAUGUUGGGGCGGUAAGAAGUCCGAAGCGACUGCUACUAUCAUGUUAUUGGGAGAUACUUGCACGAGAGGCUGUCGCUUUUGCUCGGUCAAAACGAACAGAAACCCAUCUAAACCAGAUCCUCAUGAACCUGAGAACACUGCCGAGGCAAUAAGUCGCUGGGGAUUAGGUUACGUCGUUCUUACAACGGUGGACCGAGAUGAUCUCGUCGACGGAGGCGCCAAUCAUCUUGCCGAAACUGUGAAGAGAAUAAAAACCAAGGCACCCCAAAUUCUAGUUGAAGUUUUGGGGGGCGAUUUCAGAGGUGAUUUGAACAGUUGCGACAUUCUUGCACAGUCGGGGUUGGAUGUUUAUGCUCACAAUUUAGAAACGGUGGAAGCUUUGACUCCUCAUGUUAGAGAUCGAAGAGCAACCUACAGGCAGUCCCUUUCAAUCCUCGAAAGAGCUAAAUCCACUAAUCCAUCACUAGUAACAAAAACCUCAUUGAUGCUAGGAUUCGGCGAGUCUGACGAAAUGGUGAUGCAAACUUUACGCGAUUUGCGUGCCAUUGAUUGUGAUGUUGUCACGUUUGGGCAGUAUAUGCGCCCUACAAGAAGACAUAUGAAAGUUGUGGAGUACGUUCGACCAGAGAAAUUUGAGUAUUGGAAAGAGAAAGCAUUAGAGCUUGGGUUCCUUUACGUGGCAAGCGGACCACUAGUAAGAUCAUCUUACAAAGCAGGCGAGGCUUACAUUGAGAAUGUGCUUCGUAAUCGUAAACACAACGUUGGUGACAGUCCACGAACUGGCAUUUAA